CAAGCAGGUACAAUCCCGUACGCGCGCUGUGAUUGGCUGCGCCUUUAUCACCAGUCCAUUGCCGGAUCGCAAGAUGGCCGACGAGUGGACCUUCGUCGGGCGCAAGCAGAAGAAGAGCUUCAAGCCCAAGACGCCGGCAGCGCCCAAGGCGCCAGCGGGCCCGGCCUUUUCCUACACGGAGAAGCCGGCGGCCAAGGCGUCGACGGCGACCAACAUCGCCAAGGCCAUCGACCGUGCGCGCAAGCUUCGCGAUGCCAUGCGUACCUCGAGCUUCUUUGAACGCAUCCGCGCAGUUCUUUUGGCGCAUCUGCCGCUCGAAACGCCGCUGCAGCUCGUGGCCUACGGCGUCGGGUCGUUCGCGCAUGGCCCAAGCGGCAAUGCCAUUUACCAGCUCGUGUGCGCGUCGCUGCUGCGCGAGCUCCUCGCCGGCCAUGACGCGCUCGCCGACGCCUUCAUUUACGACCCGAUCAUGACCGAGGAGGACAACGAGGUGGCGGCCGCCAUGGACCUCUCGGUUCUUCCGACGAACGAGCAAGGCCAGCGCACGGCACAGACGCGGACGCUCUUCUUCAUGCCGCACUGCGGCAAGCAGUUGUACCAAAACGUCCUAUUGAGCAAUUGGCCUUCGCUCGAGAAGAUUUGCAUCUUGGGCAACAGCUUUGCAGCGUACGACGACCGCCUCCUCGUCAAGGCGGACCGGGCCAAGUCGAUCUUCAGCGCGCUCGUCCCGUUUACGACCGAGGUGGCGCUCGGUCCAUGCGACAAGGCGGUGCGCGACCACGUGCAGUACGACGCUGCGUUCAACGACACGAGUUUGCACGUCUUCUCCGAUGCGCAGCUGCGCGCAGCGAGGGACUCUGGCCUUUUCGAAAAGGACGUCGACGCAUUUGACGUCGGCACGGACGAAGACCUUGUGUAAUUGUAAUACGUGUCUACCAGGCUCGACGCAACCUACAAGCUUGGCAGGUUUCAGCACACCUUCGCAGCUACGGACAAGGCUAGGAGCAGCGCGUCUGCCACACACAAACCUUGGUAGAUCCUAGAGAACAUGGCUUUGGAACAAACCACAACGCUUGGCUCGUAUCGCA